CUUGUGCGAUGGGACUGCGAUAUAUACCGAUUAAGCAAAUUAGUGUUCAAUGAAUUAAAUAACUUGAAAUGUUGAUGAAAUUUAAAUUUGACCUUUUAAUAAAAGACGACACUUGUUAAGAAACAAAAGGGGUUUUUAAAUGUCGAUACCUACUAACUUUAAAUGAAGAAAUAAAUUUGCAAAUCAUUGCUGACACAUUAGAAGAUAGAGGAGCUUUAUCUCCAGACGAGAAAGACGUUAUUUUACAAUUGUACAAUUACCGAGAAAAAAUAGAACUAUGCCUUGGAACUGUGAUGGUUUCGGGUCCUAAUUCUUAUACAACUAUAUGUGAAGUUUUAAGAGAUUGUGGGUACGGACAUAUUGUGGAAUCGUUAAAGGCAGACGACGAAGAAUCCGAUAAAUAUUUACAGUUAGUUCAACCAAAGCGAUAUAUGCUAUCUUCAAAAGACCGCAGUACAGUUCAUAGUAGUCAAGCAUCAAAAACAGAUCCAUUAUCCAUUCAAGGUGUCAGGAUGGCAAUCAACACACUAUCAAAGGACGCUAAAGCAUCUCACCGGGAGUUCAGUGCCAUAAUCACCAGACAGGAAGAGUUAGAAAUACAACUACAGGAAGUAAUGGCCUCUCUCGACAAUGCUAGAGAGGCUCUGAUUAAAGAAAGGCACGAAAAGGUUAGCCUUCAAGAAAAACUACGUCUACGAGAUGAAGACUUAGUGGAAAUGACUAAGAGAUAUAGAGAAUUACAAAAAGCGAUGGUUAAAUUAAAAGAAACGAACAAUAAAUACCAUGAAAGGAUUCAAAAGCUUCAAAUUGAAAACGAAGAGAUGCGUAAAAUGAACACUGACAAACGUGAACUACAGGAGGAACUAGAAAAACGGAACGAAGAAAUCAAAUAUUUGAAGGAUACAAUAGAAGCACAAAGUAAAAAAAUCUGUGAACAAGAAUCUUUAAUUAACGAUAGACUAGCAGUAAUUGACCAGUUAGCCAAUGACCACGCUAGAUUAGCUGACGGUCAAGUUAAACUUGAAAAAAUAAUGUCUGGCCAAUCAGAUAAUAUAGCAAGACUUGCAUCAAAUAAAGAACACACUGAAAAGAUAAUAGAUACACAACAGCAACAGAUUAAUCUACAACAAGCCACGCUAGUCAUGAUGAAAGAACAACUAGAGAAACUAGAGAAUAGGAUGAACCAACAGGACAAUCAACAUAAUGUUCUAGCUUUACAACCAUCUGAACCAAAUAAUCGCUCUAGACGUCAGACAUCAAAUUCUCCUGCUAAACAAGUACAUCAAAAGCCAUUCAUGGCUGCAGGCAAACAAGACACUUCAAAAAGCGCUUACUGGAGAGGUGGCGAAAAAAAGUAGAGAGAAUUUUAAAUUUUAUCGUCUGUCACUGGUAAUAGAGAGAGCUUUAGUAAUAAGUUAUCUCUCUCAAUACAUACAUAUAUACAUAAUUACUUAUCAUCACUGUAUAACAAAGCAGUAUAAUAUGUCUUUCAUAAAACUAUUUUCGUACCUGCCUGUUUGUUUCAAUAAACAAAGAUAUAGCA